CUUCGGGUUACUAAACCCGACCCAAAUAAAUGUUGAAUGGCCCACAUCAAAUUGACAAACUCGCUCUUUCUGCUCCUAAAUCCUAAUUUUCAGUGGAAUCGCACUAGCUCCAAUACUUGUGACACAACAUGGCGGAGGAAGAGGCUACAGAAGAGAAAAGCCUGACAGUGGUGGAAGGAGCCGAGAGCGAGAUGAAGGUGAGCAGGAAGGAGAAGAGAAAGCUGGCGAAAAAGAAGAAGAGGAAGGAGAAGAGGAGGGAAAUAGCGGAGAAGGAGAGAGAAGAAGCGGAGGCUAGAGCGAACGAUCCUGAGGAGCAGAGAAAGCUGGAGAUGAUGGAGAAGGAAGAGGACGAGGAGAGACAGAGAGUAUUGAAGGAGUUUGAAAAGAGAGAGGGGAUCUGGCUUCGAGAAAUGGAAAGGAAGAAGGAGGAGGAGAGACGGAAGAUGCUGGAACAAGAAAGGGAAGAAGCAGAAGAAGAGGCCAAGAGAAAUCUGCCGGUUGAGAAUGAGUGUGAUGAGGAUGAUGAUUGGGAAUAUGUUGAAGAAGGGCCUGCAGAAAUUAUAUGGCAGGGAAAUGAAAUAAUUAUCAGGAAGAAGAAGGUCAGAGUUCCAAAGAGGGAUGCAAACCAUUUGAGUGGAAAAGAGGAUGCUGAUAGGCCUACAUCUAAUCCUCUUCCCCCACAAUCUGAAGUUUUUGCUGACUACCAGAAUGCACAACAGGCAUUAGAGACUGUUGCGCGUCAAGUUCCAAACUUUGGGACUGAACAGGAUAAAGCUCAUUGUCCUUUCCAUCUAAAGACCGGAGUUUGUCGGUUUGGUCAGAGUUGCAGCAGAGUUCAUUUUUAUCCUGAUAAAUCAUGCACUCUGCUUAUCAAGAAUAUGUACAAUGGUCCUGGCCUUGCAUGGGAACAAGAUGAAGGGCUUGAGUAUACUGAUGAAGAAGUUGAACGCUCCUAUGAAGAAUUUUAUGAGGAUGUGCAUACAGAGUUCUUGAAAUUUGGAGAAAUUGUGAAUUUCAAGGUGUGUAAAAAUGGUUCAUUCCACUUGAAAGGAAAUGUCUAUGUUCAUUAUAUGUCACUGGAAUCAGCUGUUGAUGCUUAUAAUUCUGUCAAUGGCCGAUAUUUUGCUGGCAAACAGAUCACAUGUGAAUUUGUCAAUGUGACUAGAUGGAAGCUUGCCAUAUGUGGGGAGUAUAUGAAGUCAAGACUUAAGACAUGUUCCCGCGGAAUGGCAUGCAAUUUUAUCCACUGUUUCCGCAACCCUGGUGGGGACUAUGAAUGGGCUGAUUGGGAUAAACCACCGCCAAAAUAUUGGGUGAAAAAGAUGGCUGCUUUAUUUGGUUAUACUAAUGAUAUUGGGGACUGGAAACAGAUUGGUCAAGAUUAUUCAGGGCAAAUGAGGAACUCUAACAAGAUAAUCACAGCAGAAAUCGACAGGCAUCGGUCGAGAAGAUCUAAAUCCAGGGAGAUGGAUUGUGUGAGAACCGCUUCCCGGAGAAGUCAUGAUGAUUAUGAUUAUGAUGUUGGGGAGAGGACUCACGGUCACAAGAAUACCAAUGACAAUAGAAAGGGAAUCAAACUUCUUGACAAAAAAAUUCCUGAAGAGAGUUCAAAGUUCAAGGAUUGUUAUCACUGUGAGAGCAGAAGUGAUAAGACUAGUUCUGAUGGAAACUCGUCGGAUGGGGACAGAGACCAAGAUAGAAAUAGACACCAAAGUCGCUCAAGGAAAAGCCAAAAGCGCAGGAGAGGUGUCUCAGAAAAAUUGAAUGAUUAUAAGGACAUCAAGAACAGAACUUAUGAAGCUGAAUCUGAUUGGAAUUUUUCAGAUGGGGAGAGUGAUGCCAAAACUCACCAUGUUCAUACCGAGAGAAAUUGGAGAUAUACCAGCAGUCGGGAAGUACAAGAUGAUGAUGGAGACAGUGAAAAUAGAACUCACAAAAAUCAUGGAGAAAGAGAUUGCAGUCACACUGCAAAAAGGUCAAGAGUCAGUGACAGGCGUAGGAUGUCGGAUCCUGAUUCAGGACAUGAUUUGCUGGAUAGGGACAAAGAAGGACGCCAUAGUCAUGAAAAACACUCAAGGAAAGGUAACAGAGAACACAAGCAUUCAAGAAGGAGAUCUCAUUCAAGGAAAGAGAGCAGCAAAUCAAAACACCGACAUUCGAAAUCAAAUGAAGACCAUGAAUCCAGUAGUUUAGAUGAGUAUGAGGAAAGACAUAAAACCAUUGACAAGCACGAUCGCUGGAAACUUGCAAGUCCUGAGGAAGAUUAAAAACACCAGAGAAAGAGUACAAGUGUUCAGAGUUACGAAUCCGAUAGGGCAGGUUGUUAUGAUGGAUGAUGUAAAUCACAGGAGCUCAACUCAAUAUACUGUUGCAAGGGAAUGAUUUGAUGACGGCGGCAUGGAAUCAAAAGAAGAUAAAUCCAGAGUUGCAGUGAGCACUUGCUAGUGGGAAGAUCCGAUGAUCAAUCAGAUUUUCUCGUUUUAAUUCAUAAAGUUAGGUGAAAGCUGCUGAUUUUAUCAAUGUGAAAGCUCAACAAUUUAAAGGAAUAUGAAAUGAAGAAAUCAACUGGUGAGCUUCGAGAAA